UUAUUAUUUGGUGUUGUUGAUUGAGCACUUGUAAGUGCUCAUUCUUUGCCUCCACGAGUUUAAAAAAAAAACACAACUAGUCGAUUACACUGCUCGCGUCCGAUGUUUCAAAAUACGGAUGUAUAUUGACUGAAAUAGAGAUUAAUAAAAUUUGCUUUUAUUGUUUUAAAAUUUCUUAGGAUGUUUACAAUGCGGAUCAUUCUGUUACUGGUGCUAGCUGCUUGCCUACACGCUAAGAAUCCGAUAAAAAACUAUAAAAUUUCUAUGGUAUCAUCUGAGGAGAGUAACAAGCCUGCGUUGUUUACACACGGAGAGAGUCCAGUGUGGGAUGUAGACACACAAUCCUUAUUUUUCGUAGACGUUCAUCAGCAAAAUGUUCACCGACUUGACUACGCCACGGGAAAAAUAUACACCAAGCAUAUCGGUUACGGUCAAGUGAACGUGGUAUCGCUAGUUUCGGGGUCUCGGCGACUAUUAGUAUGCGUACGUGCCGGUCUGUAUCUGUUGGACUGGGAUGUGGCAGGAGACUCGGCAUUACGUCUCAUAACCACCGUGGACGAUGGACUACCGGAUAACUACUUAAAUGAAGGCAAACCAGAUGUAGAAGGGCGGUUUUGGGCUGGGACCAAAGGCCCACAAUCUGGUGACGAAGUGACACCUGAUAAGGGCACCUUCUACAGCUUCGAUUUAAACAGUUUUAAACCUCAAGUGCAACUGCGUCCUGUGUCUAUAUCUAACGGCUUAGUGUGGUCCUUAAAUAAUACUGUUUUGUAUUACAUUGACUCAAGCACACAGAAGGUCGAGGCAUUUGAUUUUGACUCUGUGAGUGGGGCGAUAAGUGGAAGACGAACAAUUGUAGAUAUAACGAAUUAUGGUUACGAAGACGCUAUACCGGACGGAAUGACCAUAGACAAAAGAGGAAACCUGUGGGUUGCGAUCAUGUUCGGUGGAACAGUUCUACACAUUAACCCGGACAAAAGAGAGGUUAUAUUUGGUUACAAGCUGCCAGUGUCACGGACGACGUCCCUGACCUGGGGCGGGCCGAAUUUGGACGAAUUAUUCGUGACAACAUCUAAAGAAACAGACUCCGAGGAUAGACUGAGCGGCGCCAUAUUCACAAUACGCGAGACGGGCAGCGCGGGACUCCCGCCUAAUAAACUCAAAAUGGAAAAUGCGGACGAUUAUUGAUAUGUUAUAUCUGUAAUAACUGCCUCUACUGAAAUUAAAAAAUAUUAUUAUUAAGACAGGAUGCUAUAAUUGCAAUACAAACUUUUGAUAUUUUUUUAAUGUAGUUCUACAAUCCCCCUUUCAAUUACUAUUUAUUUUACUUCGUUUUCAGAUAUCUAUGCCUCUAAUGAAAAUUGUUACUAUAAUUGUACAUAAUAAAUACUUUAAGAUGAAU